AUGGCCGACGUAUCACAUCCAAACCUCAACCUGACGGCCGAAGAGAAGCGGGUGUUUUAUCAGUUGUUCCAGGCCGCUGACAAGACAAACCUGGGCGUUGUUACUGGAGAAGUCGCCGUUUCCUUCUUCGAAAAGACGAAUCUACCCGCGGAAACGCUUGGUCUGAUAUGGCAAAUCGCAGAUAAGCAGAAUCGCGGGCUUUUGACACCGUCGGGAUUUGGUAUCGUUUUGCGGUUGAUUGGCCAUGCUCAAGCAGGCCGUUCCCCAUCUGAAGAGUUGGCAUAUCAGCCUGGUCCAUUGCCGAAGUUUACAGGUAUCACACUGGAUGUUACACAAACCGGCCUUCCUGGAACGCCGCCUAUACCGACCGCCAGCCCUCCGCCUGGUCCUGGUCCAGCUAGGGUACCGCCAUUGAACCCAGAAGAUACUGCUAAAUUCCUUUCGCUUUUUGAGAGAUCAGAGACCCAGAAUGGACUUAUUUCCGGUGAGACGGCAAAACAAAUUUUUGAGCGCGCGCGGCUCCCAAAUGAAGUUCUUGGACGUAUAUGGAAUCUAGCAGAUACAAAACAACGGGGUGCUUUAGACGCUACCGAGUUCAUCGUCGCCAUGCACCUCUUAACAGCGUCCAAGACGGGUACCCUACGCAAUUUACCGCAAACUUUACCCCCGGGAUUAUUUGAUGCAGCUGGCCGACGGGGAAGUGUGCGCACGCCUAGCGGCUCACGCCCGGCCCCGGAUGUACCGCCCGUGCCAGCUAUACCAAAACAAUUCAGCGGCCCUGGGCCCAAUAGGACACAAAGCCCUCUCAGUCGUCCACCAAUAAGACCCGUAUCUAGUCAUAUGACUGGGAGCGAUUGGCUUAUCACGGCACAAGAAAAAGCCCAUUUUGAUUCGAUAUUUUCCACGAUCGACAGGCAGAAAGCUGGUUACCUAAGUGGAGACGAUGCCGUUGGCUUUUUUGCAAACGCUCAAUUGUCAGAAGAAGUUUUGGCACAGAUUUGGGACUUAGCUGAUAUUGACUCGGAUGGCCAGCUGAGCCGAGAGGAGUUUGCAGUCGCAAUGUAUUUGGUUAGACAACAGAGGGCUACCAGGGAAGCUCUACCUCAAGCUCUUCCGCCAGCAUUGAUACCUCCAAGCAUGCGCCGGCAAUCUGCUCCGCCUCCCAGAACAAUACAGCCGCAAAUCACUGGAGCUAGAUCUGCCACUGAAGAUCUUUUCGGACUUGACGUAUUCACAUCGCCCAUCCAAACAUCUCAGUCAACAGGCGGAUCAAAUCCUUCUUUUCAGGUCCCGUCAUCUCCCACACGUGCACCACCAUCUAAUACAUUCAAACCUUUUGUUCCAUCGUCUUCAUUUGGUCAGAGUUUGGCACCUCAAACCACAGGAUUAUCGAACAUUGGUGCCCAGCCGCGUUCCCCAGUCCCCCCCUCGGACGACCUUCUCGGUGAUACUGAUCCGGAAGAAAGCCAGAAGUUGACGCAGGAGACCUCAGAACUUGCCAACCUUUCCAACCAAGUUACCACACUCUCGAGGGAAAUGCAAAAUGUUCAGGAUCGACGUGGGAACUCAGAGGAAGACCUAGCACGCACCAAUAAACAAAAGCGAGACUUCGAAACUCGGCUUAGUCAGGCGAGGGCCAUGUAUGAACAAGAAGUGAAAGACUUCAAGGCUUUGGAGGAACGGCUGGCUGCAUCAAGGGCAGAAACCGGACAAUUACAACAAGAUUUCGCUAUGAUCGAUGGUAGCCGUCAGGACCUACAAAAUCAGUACAAUCAAGUUUUCGCGGCUCUCGAAGCGGAUCAGCGCGAAAACGCAAACUUGAAAGAAAAAAUACGUCUGGCGAAUGCUCAAUUAACCCAACUUAAGCCGCAGCUCGAAAAGCUUAGAUCCGAAGCUCGCCAACAGAAGGGGCUGGCGGCAAUCAACAAAAAACAACUUGCCACUGUUGAAGGAGAACGAGACCGCAUUCAAGAAGAAGUUGGCUCCAAUAAAGGCGCGCCUGAUGUUGAGAAUCCCAUGCCCAGCUCAGAAGAUGUCACAAGCCCUGCAGCGUCUAGUGUGAGCCAAGCAACAAAUCCAUUCUUCAAAAGAAGCGCAAGUGCAUCCACUGAGAAAGGACUCACCCCAAGUCAUUCUGGGCCUGAAGGUCAAAAUAAUGCUCAGAGUAUAUUUGAUAAUAUGUCUGGUCCAGCAUUUUCUUCCCCUCCUACAGCAUCUCCUCCCCCACCAACAACUUUCAAGACUGAAACAUCUUCCCCUCAGCCACGAAGUGAAGGCCCCUCUUCCGGAGCGGCAUCUCCCUCUGCCGCCCUCAAUCAGAUGCCUGACCCUGCUGAACAACCACCGCCUCCUCCACGAUCAAGACAGAUCACUUCCAGCGAGCUCCCUAUCCAGGGCCAUUUGGACCCAGAAUCUUCAUCAGUCAAAGCCUUUCCACCAGCAAGUAGAUUUGGUGGCGAUUCACAGGCCGACCAGGAAGGCAUUUCGCCGGGCGGAAAAGAAACAGUAUCCCCCAAAGAAGGGGAGGAUACCAAUCCUUUUGAUGGAGCAAUAAAAUCACUUGAUCGUUCAGAUUCACAGAAAUUCCCCACUUCUUCAAUACCAGGCGCUUUCCCAACAGGACAUUCCCCUCCAGAUUCUGCUAAAAAAGACAUUUCUUUUGACGAACUCUUCGCGGGACGCACACAUGAGCGUUCUCGAUCCCAAAAAGCCCUUGAUUUUGAAGAGGCUUUCGCUGCUAUGAAGAAAGACUCAAAAGGUGAUGCUGCUUCUACCAGCGAGCCAAAAACCGGCGGUGCAGCAACUGAAUUCCCACCCAUCAGGGAACUAAACGAUGACGACGAUGAUAGUACUGAUAGUGAAGGCCCUACUGGGUUCGACGACGAUUUUGCCCCUGUGACUCCAUCAAAAAAAGAUACUUCAACUCCAGCCAAAACGGACAACUCUACUCCAUUACCUGGUAUCAAUGCCCAGUCAUCACCGCCAACUUAUGACACGGCUGUACCGCCGCCACCUGCUGGCGCAGCACCCCCCGAGUUCGGAAGCCUGCUUCCUGGCAGAUCAGACCCAACCACUGCUGGAGAUGCCCCCCAUUCGGUCAUAUCAUCCACAGGAGCUCCAGUCGCUAGCGGCGUUCCACAGCCUUCCGUAACCACUAAAACCACUCCAAAGGCACCCGCAGAUUUUGAAGCUGCUUUCGCUGGCUUGGACCUCAAACCUGCAAAAGAAGUCGAAGAAGACGAUGAUGAUGAAGACGAUUUUGAAUCAUCGUUUAACAAAGACCCGUCGAAUUUCGAUAUGUCUUUUGAUUCUCCCGCUGCCCGAUCUAAAUUAGCCACUAACAGCAAUGUCUCGCAAAACACAUCGGGUCCCAGCGCCGCAAACGCUGAUUUUUUUAGCUUCAGCCCAGCGAAUACGCAACAAACAACCAAGGAAAAUCCGCCAGCCGCCCAGCGAAGUACUUCAACCUCUCCACCACCUCCCUCUUCUCAUGACUGGGACGCCCUUUUCUCUGUUCUUGACGAAGCCAAGGGGCAAAACGAUACAGGAAAGGCAAGCACAAACACCAAAACUACCGAACCACCCACAUUUACGGAGCCUUCACAAGCCAAUAUUAAGGCGACAGCGAGCCCUCCGCCCCAGACUAAACAGCCCGGAUGGGCGUUGAAUGCGGAAUCAGGAGAGGAUGAUCUUAUUCUACAACGUUUGACUUCUAUGGGCUAUGCUCGUGAUGAAUCUUUGGCAGCAUUGGAGAAGUUUGAUUAUAAUCUUGACAAGGCUGCUGAUUUCCUGGCAUCCAAAUCUUGA